AUGGAUUCUUCAGAAAUUCCGCCCUCUGACCGCAGAGAAGAGCAGCCGCCGGCGUCGCUGCCGCUGCCGGCGGCCUUUCUCGAGUUCCUCGGCGAGAACGGCCUGGACCCCGCGCUAUACUCCAAGGCGGACACCAUCCCGCGCUACAUCAGGUUAAAACCAGGCACGGAGCCCAUGGUGGUGACAGAGAUCGAAAGCGAGCUCAAGUGUGAUCUCAUGAAGGUGUCGUGGCUGCCGGACUUCUAUGCGAUCCCGCCUGAAAUUCAGAUUGCUGGAUCCAUGGCUUAUCAGCAAGGGAAGAUCUAUGGGAUUGAUGCAGCUUCUGGAGCUGCCAUCUUAGCACUCGAUGUUCAACCAGGAGACCAUGUUCUUGACCUCUGUGCUGCACCAGGUGCAAAGCUUUGCAUGCUUGCAGAUAUGCUUGGUAGCACAGGUUCUUUGACUGGUGUUGAUGUUGCAAAGCACCGUCUUGCAGCCUGUCGUACGAUGUUGCAGAAGUAUUCUCUUGGAGAUCGUAGUCGACUCUUUGUUGCUGAUGGGACUUCAUUUUCCAUAUUGCCUGUGAACUCCAAUCUGGGGAGCAUGGAAGCUUUUGUUGGAAUUGAGGAUAAUGGAAGCAUAUUCUCAGAAUGGACUUCAAAGAGAUCAUGGAAAGACAGACAGAAGUCUAAAAAGGCAAAAGCAGCCGGUUCACCUCAUCCACCAUCAACUUCCGAACCUGAACUGAUAUACUAUGGCAAAGAUUCAGGAUUAGUUGGAUUGCAAAAACGUUAUGUUCUUCGUCCAUCAACUGAUGCUGCUGCCUGUACAUCUGGGUAUGAUAAGGUCCUAGUGGAUGCAGAGUGUACUCACGAUGGAUCGAUAAAACACAUUCAGAAGUUUGAGUUCUGGGGAUGGAAAACAUUAGACCGCCGUGUACUCAACGUAGAAAGAACUGGCAACCUACUUCAACUUCAGUUAGGGCUUCUCACAAAUGGUUUUAAAUUAUUGAAAACAGGUGGAUCACUUGUCUAUAGUACUUGCAGCUUGACUGUUGCACAAAACGAGAAUGUGGUUCAGCAAUUCCUUUCAAAACAUCCUUCAGCAGAGCUGCUAAAGAUCGAUCCAGCUGAUAGCUGGCCCUGCAGAAGCGGUGGCAUCCAGAAAACCUUGCGGACAGGAGCCGUACAUCUGCAGCGGCAGGCGCGGUUGAGCGGCGGCGAUGAGCGGCUUGGCCUUGGGCAUGGUCAUCCCGUAGACCUCGUCGGUGUCGAUGUCCUCGGGGCGGAGGCCGUCGGGCGGGGACCAGUCGAAGCAGUGGAAGAGCCUGGCGAGCGCCAUGAGCACCAGGAUCACGCCCAGCGGCGCCCCGGGGCACUUGCGCUUGCCGGCGCUGAAGGGCAGGAUCUUGAAGUCCGGCAGGUGGCUGAUCUCCACGCGCCCGCCGUCCGCCGGGAGGUGCCUCUCGGGGCGGAACUCGUCGACGUCGUCCCAGAUGCGCGGGUUCCGGCCCAGCGCGUGGGUGUUGAUGAAGAUCCUCGUCUGCGCCGGGAUGUCGUAGCCCAUGAUGGUCGUCGCCUUGAGUGA